AUGGUAGAAACAUCGACACUUCAUUCGGCUACAAGUCGAUAUUCAUUCAGGCAAGAGAGUGUUGGCGCCAACGUUCUUAUUAUCGUUGGAUUGUCAUUGAGUUUCUUCGGUUUAGCCAUGACACUCGCGGGAGUUUAUGUCGAAUUUACGCAUUCUGAAACUCAAGACGCAUUUAUGGGGAUCGGGCCGUCCCUGAUCGGAAUUGGCGUUUUCUUUCUCUUUCUUCGGCUAUUUUUCUGCCCCACAUACAUCGGUAGCUGCUGUAAAGGGAUAAAUCGUUUAUUUCCAACAAAAAAUGUCAUAAAUCCACGUUCUUCUAGUAAAGGCACUAUCUCAAGGACAACUUCUGCAAAAAGUUUCAACAGAAAAUCUCCGCUAGUGGCUGGCGCGAGUGCACCGGGAAAUACGAAUGUAUUAGCAAAACCUGCUGUUCGCUCAAUAAAUAAACCUAGUACCAUAGGAAAAGUGAAUUUUCUUCCAGAAGAGGAAACAAAAGAUACUAAAAUCCACGAGAAUCGGCAAGAUUGGGAAGCCAACACUGCCGGGCAAUCACUAUCCGACAUUCUUCGGCCUACGACUGAAGACAAGUUUAUUAAUGUUGUCAACGUUUCUCGUGAACAAGAAUUACAAAGCGGAAAUGUAGAAAAUAGGCUUAACGCUGAAUCGAAGUCUACAAAAUCGAACUCGUUGGAAUUUUUAGAUGACUUCAGUGAGACUAUAAGAGAACUUGGGCUCAAAUAACCGAUCAAGUGAU